AUGGUUGAACCGAUUUUCGGAGUAUUGGGCGCUGUAGCUGUGAGUUUUGCAGAACCUGCAUUGCCUUACGCCUUGUCUUUUGCUGCCGGUGCCAUGAUCUAUGUAGUUGUUGAUGAUAUUAUACCAGAAGCUAAUACCAGUGAUAACGGAAAACUUGCCACCUGGGGCGCCGUAUUCGGAUUUCUAGUAAUGAUGACCUUAGACGUGGGCCUAGGCUAA